GCGGGAGCAGCAGAGCAGCAGGGACAAAAUACAGUCUGACAAAAUACUGUUCACACGGAAGUCCUAAACAACUGGUCAAAAUAUCACAUUACGCUGAAGUACAGUGAAAAGGACUAUUACUGUCACGAUGCCGAAAAAGAGGGAUUUUGUUAAAGUGUCAACUCGGGCGCCGAGGUUUCGAGAAGACACCGCACUCAUGAAAGUCCAUGAAACAAUGGUCGAUUUCAUAAAGGCCGGUGGUCCAUCAGGUUCUUUUAUGGAUAUUCUGGGUGCUGCUGGAAUAUUUGGUUUAAUGCAAAAUAUAGAUGUGGUUCCAGAGCGUGAUCUGAUAUAUUCAGGUGAUGAGGAUGAAGAUGAAGACGAAAAUUUUAAUGAACCAAAUCAUACCCAGGAACUAAAGCCUCACCCACAAUUAAAGGAGAUUGAUGAUAAGGAGGCUGAGCAAAUAAAAGAAUUGGAAGAAGAACAAAAACGUAAAUCAAAAUCUGUUAAGAAUAAACGCAAGAAAAUGCGUAAGAAGGAAAAGAAGCGACAAGAAAAAGAGGACGGUGAUUCUAAUGUUUCACCUGAGGAGGAACAAGGAAAUUCUUCUGAAAAUGAAGAUCUUAAUAAUGACAAAACUAAUAUUGACCAAAAUAAUAUUGAUAAUUAUAAAGAAAUUGCAAAAUCUACACCUAAUUUAUCUGUUAAAGCCAUUACUGAAGAAAAACAUUGUAAAUUGAUAAAAGAAGAAGAAACUGUAAUAUUAAAUAAGGAAAAAGAUAAACCUCCAAAGAAUAUAGAACUUAAAAACUCUAAACUUUCUAUAACUGAAUCUAUACCAGAAGAAAAGAAGAAGAGCAAAAACAAACCUAAAAAGAUAGAAAAAGCUCAGAGCACUCAAAAUAAUAUGGUGGAAAAUGUUAAACUGCCUGAAAAACAACUUACGGUGGAUAAACCUGUCAAAGUAAAAACGAAGGGAAACACAGUAAUCAAACAAGAAGAAAAAGAGGGUGAAAAUAAAGAGGAAUCUGUGGACUCGGUGGUAGAAGAAUAUGCAAAAAAGAGCAGAGAGAUGGCAGGCUUUGGAAACAAAUUGGCUGCAAAUGGACAGUACGAAAUGGCCAUAAAAUGCUUUACUGAGGCUAUUAAAUUCAAUCCAAGAGAAUACAAAUUAUUUGGAAACCGUUCAUUCUGUUUUGAAAAAAUGCAACGGUUUGAAGAAGCUCUGAGUGACGCUGAGGUCUCCCUGUCCAUGGAGCCAAACUGGAUCAAAGGCUUGUUCAGGAAAGGCAAAGCGCUUUGUGGUCUAAAGAAAUACUACGAGGCUUCCCUUGCCUAUAGAGAUGUGUUAAAUCUGGACAGUACAAGUCAAGAGGCCAGAAUGGAGCUAAAGCGGGCCCAGACACUUCACCUUAUGGAAAUGGGGUUCACAUGGACCCAAAGCUCUAAUGCCCUUAAGAGACAUUCCAGUUUAGAAGAAGCCGUAGAAGCUCUGUUUAACGGAGAGGGCAAUUUCAGUCCUGAAGAAAAUGGUGCCUGUCAGUUGGACAUGUCACAGCUGUCCACAGCAGGUCACAGUGUUCUGAACAAGGAGUGGGAGGAUGUCCAAUUACCCACAAAAUAUAAAUCACCUCCUGUCUUUAAAAAGCAAGGCAAAAUGGAGGUGUUUCCAGUCUGGGUUGGUUCUCUGGCUCCGACAGUCAAUUACGUGACUCUACAAGAGGUUUUCAGCAGAGCUGGGAAGGUGUUCAGUAUCAAAAUGGUGCUGGAGCAUCACUGUGCAUUUGUGAACUACACCAGGAAAGAGGACAGUGCACGGGCCAUUCAACUUCUGAAUGGCUUGGUGCUAGAGGGCAGUCCUCUGGCUGUGCGUUAUCCCAGUCGAAUUCCUCCAGGGAUAGGAGUCUCUAAAGAUGCCCUCACAGACCCCCUCACUCCCCCCAGUGUAGAGAAGGAGUGCUUCUUCUGGCGGACGACCGGUUGCACCAAAGACGACUGCACUUUUAAACACAUCCCACAAAACAAAGGCAUUGAUCGAGGAAGAUUCAACCAUAAACCCACUCACUACAACUGAGAUCUAGUACUACAAACUACUACACAGUACUACUAUUAUGCGCUACUGUGUGCUACUACAUGCUGCUACUACACACUGUAACUAGUACGCUCUUUCUCUCAAUGAGAACUUUAGAACUCUAUAGUAGUUUUAGUAAUAUAAUUUUAAGUGAUUGUUUUUGUUAAAACAAGUCCUGUUAAAAUUGACAAGUUUUCCUGUUAUGCUCUGGUCACCACUAGGUGGCAACAUUACCUUAUCUGUCUCUAUUGAGGCAGUCCACAGCUUUUCUUUAAAGUCCUUGUAUAAUGAGAAAACAUUGAAUUACUGUAUUGAGCUGAGCUGUUUUAUGUUCCUAUUAUGUGUUUGUUUAAUGCAUGAUUUUAUGAUUUUGAUGCAUGAUUUUUGUUACUCAAGGCUCUGCUCCAUCUCAGUUCUAAUGUUGUUUCAUUUUUAAUUAAACUAUAAAAAUCGAA